AUGAAGAUCCUGCUAAUUAUAUUUGUCCUAAUCCUUUGGACUGAAACAUUGGCAGAUCAGAGCCCAGAACCAGGCCCUGAGUAUGCAGAUGUUGUGUUUCUGGUGGACAGCUCUGAUCACCUGGGAAUUAAGUCCUUCCCUCUGGUGAAAACGUUCAUCAACAAAAUGAUCAACAGUCUCCCCAUAGAGGCCAACAAAUACCGCGUGGCCUUGGCCCAGUACAGCGACAAGCUCCACAGUGAAUUCCAGCUGAGCACCUUCAAGAACAGGAAUCUCAUGCUGAACCACCUCAAGAGGAACUUUGUGUUCCUGGGCGGCUCCCUGAAGGUAGGAAACGCUCUCAGGGAAGCUCACAGGACCUACUUCUCUGGACCGGCAAACGGGAGAGACAAGAAACUGUUUCCCCCGAUCUUGGUGGUGCUGGCUUCCGCCGAGUCCGAGGAUGACGUGGAAGAGGCUUCCCGGGCCCUGCGGGAAGAUGGGGUAAGAAUCGUCUCCGUGGGGCUGCAGCAGGCUGCUGAGGAGAACCUGAAGGCCAUGGCCACAGCUCAGUUCCAUUACAAGCUUCGGACAGUCAGAGACCUCAGUGCGUUCUCCCAGAACAUGACGCAGAUCAUCAAGGAUGCGACUCGGUACAAGGAAGGCACAGCUGAUGCUGACAUAAAAGUUCCCUUCCCAGUGACCUGUCAGAAAGACUCGCUGGCUGACCUUGUGUUCCUAGUGGACGAGUCAUUUGGGACCAGACAAAAUUUAAGGAACCUGCAGAGCUUCCUGAAGAACAUUACCAUCUCCCUAGAUGUGAGGGACAACUGCAUACGGCUUGGACUUAUGAGUUACAGCAAUACAGCCAAGACUAUUUCUUUUCUCAAAUCAAGCACAAAUCAGUCUGCAUUUCAGGAGCAAAUCCAGAAGCUUUCUCUCCAGGCUGGGAAGUCCAAUGCUGGGGCUGCCAUUGAGAAGAUGAGAAGAGAAGGCUUCUCAGAGUCAAGUGGCAGCAGAAGGGCACAGGGAGUGCCUCAGAUAGCAGUCCUGGUUACUCACAGACCCUCAGAUGAUGAGGUACGUGAGGCUGCAAUGAAACUUCGUCUGGAGGACAUAACUGUGUUUGCCAUGAGCAUCCAAGGGGCUAACAAAACCCAGUUAGAAGAAAUAGUAUCCUACCCUCCAGGACAGACAAUUACCAUGCUAAAGUCCUAUGCAGAAUUGGAAACUUAUAGUAAGAACUUCCUGAAAAAGCUCCAGAAUGAAAUAUGGUCCCGAAUUUCUACUCGUGCUGAACAAAUGGAUCUUGACAAAACUGGCUGUGUGGAUACAAAAGAGGCCGAUCUCUAUUUCCUCAUCGAUGGCUCAACCAGCAUCCAGAAAAAGCAUUUUGAGCAAAUCAAGGACUUUAUGUUGGAGGUGAUAGACAUGUUUAGCAUUGGCCCAGACAAAGUCCGAGUUGGAGCUGCACAGUAUUCACAUAAGAAGAAAGUGGAAUUUGAUAUUCAUAUUUAUACUAAUGAUGUGGACUUAAGAAAGGCUGUUUCUAACCUUAAGCAACUCGAAGGCAACACUUAUACUGGGGCAGCCCUGGAUUUCAUGCUGCCAAUAAUAAGAGGGGGAAGGAAGAGUAGAUCCAGCGAGGUUCCAUGUCACCUCAUUGUGCUGACUGAUGGGAAAUCCGCGGAUGACGUCCUCGGACCGGCUGAGAGACUAAGGGCUGAACAAAUCACCAUCCAUGCAGUUGGCAUUGGGGAGGCUAACAAAACACAACUGCAACAAAUUGCUGGGAAAGAAGAAAGGGUUAACUUUGGGCAGAACUUUGAUGCUUUAAAAAGUAUCAAAAAUGAAGUUGUUCACAGCAUCUGCACUGAAAAAGGAUGUGAAGACAUGAAGGCCGACAUCAUGUUUCUGGUGGACAGUUCUGGAAGUAUAGGACUUGAAAAUUUUGAGAAAAUGAAGACCUUCAUGAAAAAUCUAUUAGCUAAGGUUCAGAUUGGUCCAGACAAAACUCAAAUUGGUGUCGUUCAGUUUAGUGGUUAUAAUAAGGAAGAGUUCCAGCUUAAUAAAUACUUUACACAAAAAGAAAUUUCAGAUGCAAUAGACAGAAUGUCUCUCAUUAACCAAAACACUUUGACUGGAAGUGCACUAACCUUUGUAGAUCAAUACUUCACUCACCCCAAGGGGUCCCGUCUUGGCGUCAAAAAGUUUCUUAUCCUCAUCACGGAUGGAGAAGCCCAGGACGGUGUAAGAGACCCUGCCAGAGCUCUUCGGGACAAGGGUGUGAUUAUCUUCUCUGUGGGGGUGUAUGGCGCCAAUAGGACUCAGCUAGAGGAGAUCAGUGGGGAUGGCAGCCUGGUCUUCCAAGUUGAGAAAUUUGAUCAUCUAAAAGCAAUAGAAAGUAAACUCAUCUUCCGUGUGUGCACUCUCCAUGAUUGUAAAAGUAUUAAACUGUUAGAUAUUGUGUUUGUGCUGGACCAUUCAGGCAGCAUAAAUCUGGAACAGCAAGAAAGUAUGAUUAACCUAACUAUCCAUUUGGUGAAGAAAGCGGAUGUUGGCAGGAAUCGAGUCCAGUUUGGAGCUCUCAGAUACUCUGACCAACCUGAGGUCCUUUUCUACCUCAAUACACACUCAAGCAGCUCAGCAGUCAUUGAGAAUCUGAGGAGGCGCAGGGACACUGGAGGGUCGACCUACACUGCUAAGGCUCUUGAGAGCACACACAGCCUGUUCACGGAGGAACACGGCAGCCGCAUCAAGCAAAACGUGAAGCAGAUGCUGAUCAUCAUUACCGAUGGGGAAUCCAAUGACCGAAAUGCCCUUAAUGACACAGCAUUGAAAUUAAGAGACAAAGGCAUCAUCAUCUACGCAGUGGGUGUAGGAAAGGCCAACCAAGAUGAACUUGAGGCUAUGGCAGGAAAUAAAGACAACACUAUCCACGUAGAUAAUUUCGACAAACUGAAAGAUAUUUACCUGCCUGUACAAGAAAGUAUGUGUACCAAUGCGCAAGAGGCCUGUAACAUUCAAGAAGCCGAUGUGAUUUUCUUUUGUGAUGGCUCUGACAUGGUAUCUGAUUCAGAAUUUGUAACCAUGACAACUUUCUUAUCAGACUUAAUUGAUAAUUUUGACAUUCAAUCUCAAAGAAUGAAAAUUGGGAUGGCUCAGUUUGGGAGCCGCUACCAAGAAAUUAUUGAGUUGGACAACUCUCUGAGUAAAACCCAGUGGAAGACUCGAAUUCAAACUGUCGCUAAGAGCAAAGGGCCUCCACGAAUCGACUUGGCCCUUAAACAAGUGAGCGUUAUGUUCCAUCCAUCCGCUGGUGGGAGAAGAAAUGCUGGUGUCCCUCAAACGUUGGUUGUUAUCACAUCUGGGGGUCCCCAGGCUAAUGUGGCAGAUGCAGUAAAAAUCCUGAGAGACCUUGGAAUUUGUAUCCUGGUUUUGGGCAUAGGACCCGUUCAUAAGGAACAGCUUCUGCCGAUAGCAGGCAAUUCUGAAAAAAUCAUCACUUUUCAAGACUUUAAUAAAUUAAAGAAUGUGGAGGUGAAAAAAAGGAUUGUCCGGGAUAUCUGCCAGAGAUGCGGGAAGACAAAUUGCUUUGUGGACAUAGUGGUCGGGUUUGACAUUUCCACUCACUUGCUGGGGCAGCAGUUGUUCCAUGGUCACCCCCGGCUAAAAUCAUACCUCCCAGGCAUCAUAGAGGACAUCACCUCCAUCAGGGGUGUGAGCUGUGCAGCAGGUGCACAGACGCACGUGAGUGUGGCCUUUAAGGUGAAUAAUGACCAAGAAUUCCCUGCCAAGUUCCAAAUCUACCAGGAAACAAUAUUUGACAGCCUGCUGCAAGUCACCGUCAACGGGCCAACUCAUCUGAAUGCACAGUUCUUGCAGUCACUGUGGGACACGUUUGAGGAUAAAUCUGCAUCCCGAGGACAGGUGCUACUCAUCUUUUCAGAUGGCCUUGGGGGUGAAAGCAUCACAAUGCUUGAAAAUCAGUCGGACAGGCUCAGAGAAGCAGGACUUGAUGCUCUGCUGGUAGUGGCCCUAAACACAGCUUCUCAUGACGAAUUUUCCAGCUUUGAAUUUGGAAAAGGAUUUGAUUACAGGACUCACCUGAACAUUGGAAAUAGAGACCUGGGCACAAUGCUGUCACAGUAUCUGGGAAACAUUGCAGAGAGAAAGUGCUGCUGUACACUUUGCAAGUGUCCAGGGACUCCAGGACCUCAUGGGACCCAAGGACUACAAGGCUCAAAGGGUUCUCUAGGUCUGAAAGGCAGCAGAGGACACAGGGGAGAGGAUGGAAGCCCUGGAAGCCGAGGAGAAAUUGGACCCCCAGGAGAUAAAGGGAUUGCAGGAUGUCCUGGGCAGGAGGGUCAAAAGGGAGCCAAAGGAUUUUCUGGAUAUAAGGGAGCACAGGGAGACGAUGGGAUCGAUGGAGUCGACGGGGAAGAGGGCUUUCAUGGAUUUCCUGGGAAAAAGGGAGAAAAAGGUGAUCCAGGAUCCCAGGGCAGCCCAGGUUCCAGAGGCCCCCCUGGGGGAUAUGGGGAGAAGGGCUUCCCAGGGGAUCCUGGUAAUCCAGGACAAAACAAUAACAUCAAAGGACAGAAGGGCUCCAAAGGAGAACAAGGAAGACAAGGUAGUACCGGACAGAAAGGGACACAAGGCAGUCCUAGUCCCAGAGGAAGCAGGGGAAGAGAAGGCCAAAGAGGACACUAUGGUGCCCCGGGGGAGCCGGGAAAUCCUGGACCUAAAGGUGCACAGGGAGCUGAAGGAUUACAAGGCCCACAGGGGUUAAACGGAAUUCCUGGCAGGAAAGGAGAGAUGGGAAGAGAGGGGCACAAAGGACCUCAGGGUUCUCCUGGGCCAAUGGGAGCGAAAGGGAGCGUUGGAAGACCUGGACCUUUGGGAAAAAAAGGAGAACUUGGAAUCCCUGGAGAUCCUGGGCCAGUGGGGCAAGCUGGACAGCGAGGAAAACAGGGAGAUUACGGCAUCCCAGGCUAUGGUCACAUGGGACAAAAAGGAGUAAAGGGUCCAAGAGGAUUUCCUGGAGAUAUGGGGCAAAAGGGUGAAGUUGGCAAUCCUGGAAUUCCUGGGGGGCCCGGACCCAAAGGAUUUAGGGGACUAAGACUCCCUGGGGGCUUGAAAGGUAUGGAGGGAUCUCAAGGACUCCAAGGCCCUCCUGGACGAAGAGGCCCUAAAGGCAUGCCUGGGAAGCCUGUAUAUUCUCAAUGUGAUCUGAUCCAGUUCAUGCGGAACCAUAGUCCUUGUUGGAAAGAAAAGUGUCCAGUGUAUCCGACAGAGCUGGUAUUUGCCUUGGACCAGUCCUACGGUACCACAGAGCAGAGAUUUAAUGAAAUGAGGGACAUCAUCAUUUCUAUUGUCAAAGACCUUAACAUCAGAGAAAAUAAUUGCCCUGUGGGAGCAAGAGUUCUUGUUGCUUCCUAUGACUCAGACACCAGCUACCUCACCCGUUGGUCUGACUACCAUAGCAAGAAAAAACUCCUCCAGCUUCUUUCCCAAAUAAAAUAUCAAAUCCCUGCAAAAGCCCAAGACAUUGGUAAUGUGAUGCGGUUUGUAGCCCGGAACAUUUUCAAGCGGACAUAUGCAGGAGCCAAUGUGAGGAGAGUUGCUGUGUUUUUUAGCAAUGGACAAGCAACCAGUAGGUCAUCCAUCAUCGCAGCCACCAUGGAGCUUAGUGCCCUGGAUAUCAGCCCAGCAGUCUUUGCUUUUAAUGAAAGGGCUUUCCUUGAUGAGACUUUUGGGUUUGACGACACUGGCACAUUUCAAGUGAUUCCAGUGCCUUCAGAUGGAGAAUAUGAACCAUUAGAAAGACUUCAGCGCUGUACCCUUUGCUAUGAUAAAUGUUUUCCAAAUGUUUGCAUCAAAGAGGUUCUUGUACCUGAAAAUUCACACAUGGAUAUAGCCUUCCUUUUAGACAAUUCUCGGAAUAUAGCAAAUGAUGAGUUUAAGGCUGUGAAAGACUUGGUGAGCUCAAUGCUGGACAACUUCAACAUUGCUUCAGACCCUUUAAUCUCAGACUCUGGUGAUAGAAUUGCCUUGUUGAGCUAUUCUCCUUGGGAUAGUUCCAGGAGAAAGACAAAAGUGGUUAAAACAGAGUUUGCAUUUACAACUUAUGACAAUCUAGCUGUAAUGAAGAGCCACAUUCAGAAUUCCCUUCAACAGCUAAAUGGAGAAGCCACCAUUGGCCAUGCCCUACUGUGGAUCAUGGAGAAUCUCUUCCCAGGAACAGCCAACCUGAGAAAACACAAGGUCAUCUUUGUGGUCUCAGCUGGAGAAAAUCGUGAGAGACAGGAAUUCUUAAAGAAGAUGGCUCUGAGGGCCAAGUGCCAAGGCUAUGUCAUAUUUGUGAUUUCCCUGGGUUCUACACAUAAGGACGACAUGGAAGAGUUAGCCAGCUACCCACUUGAUCACCAUCUGAUACAACUUGGGAGAAUUCAUAAACCAGAUUUGGAUUAUAUUGUGAAGUUUUUAAAGCCAUUUGUGUACUCAAUCAGACGAGGAUUCAAUCAGUAUCCACCACCGAUGCUGGAGAAUGCCUGUAGACUCAUCAAUUCAGAAAUAGAGGAUCAUCAAAAUUACGAUCUCCUGUUUACUAAUGAACCACAUGAGAUCUCUUCAGGAGAGAACAGUUUUGUUAGCCAGGAAUUAAAUGCUGGGAGAGACUCAUCUUUCGUUUUUGAGGACAAUGGAAGUGACCAUUUGGUUUACAUUCCAAGCCAAAUGUUCAUGCCACCAUUAUUAAUGACUAAAUAUGAAAAAGAUCAGAAUUCUGAAGAAAUUGCAAGUCUCAUUUCUGGAUAUGAAAACCAUGGCAGAGAAGAACCAGGUCUCAAUGAUGAACCUGGAGAUGUCUCUCUUCAUGAAUAUUUCAUGGAUGUGGCUUUCCUCAUUGAUGCUUCCCAAAGAGUAGGAAAUGAUGAAUUUCAGGAAGUGAAAGCUUUUAUAACCUCAGUGCUUGAUUACUUUCAUAUUGCCCCAAAUCCACUGACCUCCACUUUAGGAGAUAGAGUGGCCGUCCUGAGCUACUCUCCUCCAGGCUAUGUGCCCAAUGGUGAAGAAUGCCCUGUCUCCCUGGAAUUUGAUUUGAUUACUUAUGACAGUAUAUAUCAAAUGAAACAUCAUCUCCGGGACUCUCUUCAACAGCUUAAUGGAGAUGUUUUUACUGGCCAUGCUCUGCAGUGGACAAUUGACAAUGUCUUUGCAGGAACCCCCAACCUGAGGAAAAACAAAGUUAUCUUUGUUAUAUCUGCUGGAGAAACCAACCCAUUAGACAAGGAAGUCUUAAGAAAUGUAUCUCUGAGAGCCAAGUGUCAGGGCUACUCCAUAUUUGUGUUUUCCUUUGGUCCUAUACACAGUGACAAGGAAUUAGAAGAAUUAGCCAGCCACCCACUGGAUCAUCACUUAGUCCAGCUUGGCCGAACCCACAAGCCAGAUCUGAAUUAUAUCAUCAAGUUUGUGAAGCCAUUUGUCCAUUUGAUCAGGAGCGCCAUCAAUAACUAUCCUCCUGCAGAGCUGAGACCCAAGUGUGUUAACAUCACCGCCCCUAACCCAAAGAACGUUAGCACAGAAAACACUGCAUUCCUUAUUCCUGAGGUGUAUGAAAUAGAGGCAGAAAGCAGUGAGCUGUUUGGUGAAUUUGAUUCCCAGGAGCAGCACGUCUUUGUAUUAGGGAACGAUCACAGUAAUGGCUCUGAGACUGUGACUGAUUUGAUCCAGAAGUUAUACAAGCUCUUUUCAACCAAGGAACUGAUGAUGAAAGACAAGGAAGAAGCACAUUCAGAAAAAAUUACGGCUCCAGCAAAUGAUAAACAACAAGAUAAAAAAGAUGGUGAGGACACAAGAUGA